AUGGCAGCGUCUAAGGGUGCUAACACGUAUAACCGUCAGAAUUGGGAAGAUUCAUCAUUUCCCAUCCUGUGUGAAACAUGUUUAGGACCAAGCCCCUUUGUGAGAAUGAUGAAGGAAAAAUACGGGAAAGAAUGCAAAAUUUGCGACCGUCCGUUUACCAUAUUUCGCUGGUGCCCUGGUCCCAAGGCUAGAUUUAAGAAAACUGAAGUCUGUCAGAGCUGUGCGAAAAUUAAGAAUGUUUGUCAGACUUGUUUGUUUGACCUCGAGUAUGGUCUGCCUGUUGAAGUUCGUGACAAAGCGCUUCGAUUAUCACAGCAGCUACCGAAAAAUGAUGUUAACCGAGAAUAUUUUCACCAGCAAAUUGAGCAGAGUCUGGAAGUGGAAGGUGAUAUAACAGCUCCUUAUGGAGGACAUCAAUUAAUCGGAAAAGCUAUUUCAAAUACAGCUUUAGCUAGUAGUUCUAGUGGCAGUGGUGGUACGGACUUACUGUUAAAGUUAGCCCGUACUGCACCUUAUUACCGCAGAAAUCGUCCUCAUAUAUGCUCUUUCUGGGUAAAGGGUGAAUGCAGAAGAGGUGAAGAGUGUCCUUAUCGUCAUGAAAAGCCCACCGAUCCGGAUGAUCCACUUUCUGAUCAGAAGCUAAGAGAUCGUUACUAUGGUCAUGAUGAUCCAGUAGCAGCCAAAUUAUUGUCGAAAUAUGACACGAUGCCUAAGCUUACUCCUCCGGAGGAUCGUACAAUAACCACCUUGUAUAUUGGUGGUAUUCCGGAUGGCAUGACGGAAAAGAUCUCCGUAAUCAUUUUUACCAGUUCGCAUUGUGCUUUCAUACAGUUCGCUACCAGAGGUGCUGCAGAACGUGCAGCUGAAAAAACCUACGAUCGGUUGAUUUUGGGUGGUCAUCGAUUAACAGUUAACUGGGGAAAGUCACCAGCAGCUCUAGCAGCUGCUGGUUCUCACUCAUCAACAGAAACUGGUGAUAUAAGCUUACCUCCUGUCCCAGGUCUACCACUACCACCUGUUUUGCCGCCAACCAGUUUACUGACUAAAGCUAUGGCGGUUGGUCUCAGUGGGAAUUUCUUCAUGGCACCCCCUCCACCCCCACCACCACCACCGCCUCCUACUAACAAGUCAUCAAUAGACUCUGCUUCUGACAGGAUAUCUGGUGACAGAAUGCCGGUUAUUCCACCUCCGAUACAAAUCGCACCACCAGUUGUCGAACCACCACCCCCUGGAGAACUGUUUAUGCGUAACCCACCACCACCGCCUCUUCCUCAAUUCAUGGUACGUCCUACGAGCUUGUUACAAACGCCCCCACCACCACCACCUACUACCCAUGACUCCAACUCAACAACUUUGUUACCUAUGCCUCCACCACCACCCCCUCCUCCUCUUGGAUCAAAGACCAAUAAAACAGCCUCGUCAAAUGAACCGAAGUCUGGCAAAAGUAUGCCAGCUGAUGGAGCAUUGGGUAUCCAUUAUCCAAGUCAAAAUCCCCAACGUAUGGGUAGUGUACCACAUACUGAGCAACACGAUUAA